AUUUAUUCAGUGGGAAUGACGCCUCGUUUCUUCAGUCUUCUAUUGCUUGUAUCGAUAUCCGUAUGUUUGAUGAAUUCCCUGGUGGCUAAAGUCACUGAAUUUAAUGUUCCAAUUGGUUUUAGUAACAAAAGUGAAAUGUUUUUACGAUUCAGAGAUGUCAGAUUUCUACUAGAUAGAAAUGAUCAACUGACAAUGAAAGAUAGCGACUGUAUUGCAACAGUCGAUUUGGCUCCACCCAAUGCUAAAGAAAAAGCCAGUAAAAAAGUUUAUCGUCAGUUAACACAAAUAUGUAUUUCAUGGUUUCGAAAAUCAGACGAAGAAGAAAAGGCUUAGCGGAAUGGUACAUUAAAUCAGAUUCCUAUUGUUACGUUUAUUGAUAAAGUAUAAUUUUGUUUUGAAAAAGAUUCCUAAUCAUAG